AUGUUGACGAAGUUCGAAUCCAAGAGCAACAGAGUGAAGGGACUUGCGUUUCACCCGACGCAGCCCUUGCUUGCGGCCUCGCUUCACAACGGAAGCGUGCAGUUAUGGAAUUAUCGGAUGGGUGUACUGGUGGAUAGAUUUGAGGAGCAUGAAGGUCCCGUUCGCGCCGUUGCCAUUCACCCUAGCCGUGCCCUCCUGGUGACCGGCGGAGAUGACUACAAAAUAAAAGUCUGGGAUCUGCGCCCACAAAGCCGCCGCUGUCUCUUCACUCUGCAUGGCCACCUCGACUAUGUUCGUACCGUUCAGUUCCACCACGACAUGCCCUGGAUUCUCUCCUGUUCGGAUGACCAAACAAUUCGAAUCUGGAACAGCACGUCGCGAAACUGCAUUGCCAUCUUGACAGGACACUCGCACUACGUCAUGUCUGCACAGUUCCAUCCAAAGGAAGACCUCAUCGUGUCGGCGUCUCAGGAUCAAACUGUGCGCGUCUGGGAUAUUUCUGGGCUGCGGAAGAGCACCCCCAACACCGCCCCGGGCACAUUCGACACGUUCGACACAUUCUCGACGGUGAAGUAUGUCCUCGAGGGCCAUGACCGAGGGGUGAACUACGCGACAUUCCACCCGACGCUGCCUUUGAUUGUGUCGGCGGCGGAUGACCGACAAAUCAAAAUUUGGCGCAUGAGUGACACGAAGGCGUGGGAGGUGGAUGCAUGUCGGGGUCACUUCAACAACGUGUCGGUUGCGGUCUUCCACCCCAAGCACGAGUUGAUUGUAUCCUGCGGAGAGGAUAAGACCGUGCGUGUUUGGGAUCUCACGAAGCGUUCGGCAGUGCAGACAUUCCGGAGGGAGAAUGAUCGAUUCUGGACGUUGGCUGCGCAUCCGGAGCUGAACUUGUUCGCGGCUGGCCACGACAACGGCUUGAUCGUUUUCAAGCUGGAACGUGAGCGACCGGCAUUCUCGAUGCACGGCGACACACUAUUCUACGUUCGCGACAAAUAUGUACGCUCAUAUGACAUCAAUACGGGCUCAGACAUUGGCCUGUUGAGCGUGCGCAAGUUUGGUAGUCCAUACGUCCCCCCGCGAACGCUGAGCUACAACCCUGCCGAACGCGCCGUGGUUCUCACCAUCUCCUCGGACAACGGCUUGUUCGAGCUCACGGCCCUCCCAAAGGAUGCGGUCGGAGAUGUGAAGGAUUCGUCUACUGAUGGCAAGAGAGGCAGCGGCCACGCGGCCAUUUUCGUUGCCAGGAACAGAUUCGCCAUCCUCAACAAGACCACUCAGCUCAUCGAAGUCCGAGACCUUUCGAAUUCAAUUGUGAAGUCGAUCAAGGCACCCGUCCAGACCAACGAGAUCUUCUACGGAGGAACCGCGAGCCUCAUUCUCAGCUCCCCCACCUCGGUUGUCUUGUACGACAUUCAGCAGCAGAAGAGCAUUGCGGAGGUUACGACCCCCCCGGUCAAAUACGUCGUGUGGAGCACUGACGGAUCGCUGGUCGCUCUGCUCAGUAAACAUACGAUCACUAUUGCCAACAAGAACUUCUCGCAGCAUACUCUAAUCCACGAAACUAUCCGCAUCAAGUCGGGUGCAUGGGACGACUCCGGGGUCUUCAUCUAUUCUACUCUCAAUCACAUCAAAUAUUGUCUUGCGCAGGGCGACCACGGGGUUAUUUGUACUCUAGACAACCCCGUAUAUCUUACACGAGUGAAGGGCAAGACAGUGUACUGUCUCGAUCGCUCUGCGCGCCCUCGCACUAUCACGAUCGAUCCUACUGAGUAUCGGUUCAAACUAGCUUUAUUGCGCAACAACUACGGGGAGAUGCUAUACAUUAUCCGCACGUCUAAUCUAUUGGGGCAGAGUAUCAUCGCAUAUUUGCAGCAAAAGGGCUUCCCUGAGAUUGCACUGCACUUCGUACAGGACAAGAACACACGCUUCGAUCUCGCGAUCGAAUGCGGUAAUCUCGACGUUGCCUUCGAAAUGGCUCGUACGAUCGACCGGCCCGACUGCUGGGAGCGAUUGGCUCAACAAGCAUUGAAACAAGGCAAUCACAAGAUUGUCGAGAAGGCCUACCAGCAAACGAAGAGCUUCGACCGCUUAUCGUUCUUGUACCUCGCCACGGGCAGCACGGACAAGCUAUCGAAGAUGCAGAAGAUUGCCGAUGCCCGUGGUGAUCCGAUGUCGCGUUUCCACAAUGCUCUCUAUGCGGGCGACAUCAUGGGUCGUAUUGCCGUUUUGAGGGACGUUGGACUGCAUCCGCUCGCCUACUUGACCGCGAAGACGAAUGGGUUGGAGGAUAUUGCUCUUGAGAUUCUAGAGGCUGCUGGUCUCACCGAGGCCGACGUGGAUGAUGUCCCCUCGUUCGGUACUUCGACUCUAAAGCCUCCAUCAGUCGUCACACCUAUCGAGAACUUGUCUUGGCCUUCGUUGUCCACUGGCGAAAGCUUCUUCGACAAAGCACUGGCGAACGGGCACCUGGAAGGUGGUCUCGACGUUCCUCACGUCAACGGGUUCGACCAUCCUACCGCCGCGUCGUCAGCUCUCGAUGAGUGGGCAAGAGAAGAAGAGGCAGAUGAAGAGCCCGAAAUCGAAGAGGGGGCAUGGGAUCUUGACGCCGAUGCUGAUGAACCACCACCUGAGGCUGACAGGGAAGAGGAACUUCCAGAGGAGGAUGCAGAGUUGGGGGCUGGUGCUGCACCCGGUGUCAGUGAGACGGAGCUCUGGACGCGUAACUCGCCAUUCGCUGGUGAUCACGCGGCAGCAGGGUCUUUCGAGACGGCUAUGCAGCUGCUCAACAGACAAUUCGGCAUCGUCAACUUUGCUGAACUCAAGCCUCUCUUCCUCACUACGUACAGGUCUUCGCAUGCGUACCUCUCGCCAUUAGCAUCUCUUCCUCCACUGCAGCUCCACCUAAGGCGCAAUCCCGAGGAGUCCUCGCCGAGCCGCGUCUUGCCAGUGGUUGCACGAACACUACAGUCGACGCGGCAAGAGUUGACUGAAGGAUUCCGUUUCCUUUCCAGUGCAAAGCUUCCAGAAGCCCAGGCCGUAUUCCGCUCUCUCUUGCGAGAAUUGCUGCUAGUUCCAGUAUCCUCCGAUGACGAGGCAAAGCAGUGGCGCGAUCUGGUCACUCUCGCGCGUGAAUACCUCCUCGGUGUCACCCUCGAGAUCGAGCGCAGGCGCGUUACCCGAGAUGAACCUGAUAACGUCAAGCGGAACCUCGAGCUCGCAGCCUACUUCACCCACUGCCAGUUGCAACCAGCGCACCUACAGAUUGCGCUGCGCAGUGCAAUUGGUGUUUUUGCGAAGGCGAACAACCACGUCACUGCGGCGAGAUUUGCGAGACGUCUCCUGGAGCUCAACCCGGACCCCAAAAUUGUCGCACAGGCUCGGCAACGCAUUGCUGCUGGAGACCGGAAUCCGCGGAAUGCCAUCGAAAUAUCGUACGACGAGUUCAUCGAGUUCGAGAUCUGCGCCGCCAGCUUCACCCCGAUCUACAAGGGCUCACCCUCUGUUCGUUGCCCAUACACCAACGCGGCGUUCCUGCCCGAGUACCAAGGCAAGCUCGAGCCGCUCACAGAACUUACCGAGAUUGGGGCGCCAUCAUCAGGCCUUCCGGCGCCACGAACAUGAUCUCAAAUCUUCGCAUGUCCUUGGAAGUCUCUCUCUACUGGUGGCGUGUAGUGCGUUGGCGAUGCAUUGGACGUUGCUACGGUCCCACCUGUGUAUAGCCCGUGACAAAAUACCCUUCGCUGUGAUAAUGCACCAGAACCUG